UUGUGCUUUAUCUUCUUACUCGUCUAUAAAUAGCUCAAUUCAACUCUAAUAUAUAUUCGACAACAAAACAAACAUAACAAAGAGAAAUGACAUAUAGAAUUGUUCGGUCUAUCCUUCAUUUUCUCAUAUUCUUAUUGAUGAAUGGUCAUGGAAACUUUGCAAGAGACACAAAACUUCUGCAAGAGAAUGUAGAAGAAAAACAAGUUGACCAGCCUUACCUUGAUGGAUGGCUAAAAAAACCACUAAAGAACCAAAAACGCAUCCCUGACUCCAACGAAGUUUACCAUGAUGGCUGGUUGAAAGAUAACCGAGGCGAGAAAGAGAAAACCAAUCUUGACUCGAACCAAGUUUAUCUUGACGGAUGGUUGAAAGAUACCCGAACCGAGAAAGAAAAAGUCAGCCAUGACUCCAAACAAGUUUAUCUUGAUGGAUGGUUGAAAGAUACCAGAGUUGAGAAAGCUAAAGGCAACCCUGACUCCAAACAAGUUUACCUUGAUGGAUGGUUGAAAGAUAUCCGGGCUGAGAAAGCACAAGUCAACCCUGACACCAACCAAGUUUACCUUGAUGGAUGGUUAAAAGACACCCGAGAUGAGAAAGAAAAGGUCAACCCUAACUCCAACCAAGCUUAUCUUGAUGGAUGGUUGAAAGAUAUUCGGACUGAGAAAGCAAAAUCCACCCUUGACACCAACCAAGUUUACCUUGAUGGAUGGUUAAAAGAUGGUCGAGCUAAGAAAGUAAAAUUCACCCCUGACACAAACCAAGUUUAUCUUGAUGGAUGGUUGAAAGAUUCUCGAACCGAGAAAGCAAAAUCCACCCCUGACUCAAAUCAAAUUUACCUUGAUGGAUGGUUUAAAGAUAACCGAGGUGAUAAAUCAAAAUCCACCCCUGACACCAACCAAGUUUACCUUGAUGGAUGGUUGAAAGAUUUCCGAGUUGAGAAAGAAAAAUCCACUCCUAACGAAGUUUACCUUGAUGGAUGGUUGAAAGAUACCCGAGAUCAGAAAGAAAAAUCAACCACCAACUCAAACCAAGUUUACCUUGAUGGAUGGUUGAAAAAUACACAAGCUGAGAAAGAAAAAGUCACUCCUAACUCCAACAAAGUUUACCUUGAUGGAUGGUUGAAAGAUACCAAGGAUCAAAAGAAAAAGACAACCCGUAAUUUCAAUCCAGCUUACCUUGACGGCUGGUUAAAAGAUAGCCACGUUGAUAAAGCAAAAUUCACCCCCAAUUCCAAGCAAGCUUACCUUGAUGGUUUGUUGAAAGACUCACAUGCAGAAUCAAAUGGAAAACUAUCUUCAAAAGUUGACCAUACAGAAGCAUUCAAGGUAGCUUUUUUCAGUCUAGAUGAUCUUUAUGUAGGCAAUGUAAUGACCUUGCAAUUUCCUAUCAGAGAAUAUGCUCCGUUAUUGCCAAGAAAAGUUGCAGAUGACAUUCCUUUUUCCAAAUCACAAAUUCCAAGCCUUCUUCAACUAUUCUCGUUCACCAAGGAUUCUCCUCAAGGUGAAGACAUGAAAGACAUAAUUAAUCAGUGUGAGUUUGAACCCACUAAAGGGGAGACCAAGGCUUGUCCUACUUCUUUAGAGUCUAUGGUUGAAUUUGUUCAUAGUGUUAUUGGUACCGAGACUAAGUUUAACAUUCACUCAACUAGCUAUCCCACAACAUCAGGUGCACGUUUGCAAAACUACACUGUUUUGGAUAUCUCAAAGGAUAUUUAUGCUCCGAAAUGGGUAGCAUGUCACCCUAGACCUUACCCAUAUGCUCUUUACUAUUGCCACUACCUAGACAUAGGGAGUAAGAUCUUCAAAGUUCUUCUAAAGGGUGAAUAUGGAGACAUAAUGGAUGCUUUGGGAAUUUGCCACCUAGACACAUCUGACAUGAAUCCUAAUCAUUUUAUAUUUGAACUACUUGGAAUGAAGCCUGGGGAAGCUCCAUUGUGCCAUUUCUUCCCUGUUAAGCAUGUUCUAUGGGUACCAGCCCCACCAGAUGUAACCAAAUGAACAAAAGGAAACUAGUUCAUAUGUGUUAAUCGGUGUCGAAACUAGUUCAUAUCUGUUAGUCGGUGUCAGUGUCAUUCCCAAAACUUUUCAUGUUGUUAUUGUGUUUUUAAUGUCUGUGUACUGUAAGGUCUUGUUUCUAUGAACUAGAUAAUUGUGUUUUAAAAUAAACCUCAAUUUAAUCCGUUAAAGAUUGAGUUGAAGUAUCCUUAGUCUUUUAAACUUAGGUAGUUAUUUGGUAGACCUCUAAGUAACUCUAAGAAAGGAGUUUAGAAAAAUUCUCCUAAUGUUAGUAUGUGUGAUUUAUGUGUUAGCCUCUAUAUUGUAAUUUUGUUUGUAUUGAUGAAUAUCCGAACUUGUCCCACUUAUAUUUUAA